AUGAUUUCUAGCUUUGUGUUGUGUGUGCCAGUGGUGCCCCCUCCUGGUGAAAUCACAUUCCUGUCAGUGAAGCCAAACUCGGUGAUCCUGAGCUGGGGAAGCCCUGAGGAAGAAGAGGCACCACAGAGCUUCAGAGUAAAGUGGAGCUCUACAAAGAAGGAGGAAGGUUGCUUUGUCAUCAGAGGUUUUCAGAAAAUUGAAAUAGAGAGCCUCCAACUUGGACAGCUGUAUUACUUCAGCGUGGCCACACAGGACGAGGACGGCAGUCUGAGUAAAGCGGUCACGGCAUCCGUUUUCACAGAGCCAUCUCUCAGGGAGGUGCUGUCAAUGCUUGGACUUGAAGACCAGUAUGAUAACAAGCUCACACUUAGCUCUGUAAUGGAGAUUAAUCAGAGUGACACAUCAGAGAACAAACUGGAGACUCAAAAGUCGCUUCCUGAUGCCUUUUUGAGGAGACUAAUGAUGCUGAACACAAAUGCUAGAAGUCUCAAAUGUGCAUCCUAUGAUGUGGACACAGACAAAAGCAAUGCUAUCAAUCCCUUGGACCUGAUAACGGCCCUGUUUCUGUGUUCCGAUGGUAUUCUCCAGCAGGACAUAGUGCUGAAAAUGUCACUCUGCCAGUUUGCUGUCCCGCUCCUGCUGCCCAACUGUGAAAAAAGAGAAAUCACAAUGAUGCUGUGGUCUUUGCGCGACAUUGUCCGAGCCUUUAGACCCUCCCAGCAGGCAUUCCUAAAGCAGAGCUGUGAGGAAAGACUUGUGAGCUCUCAUGUUCCUCUGAUGUCAUUUGUCAGGCUGGGAAAGAGGUUCUUGUCCAAGUCUCAGAUGUUGAACAAACUGCUAAGUAACUCUCAGCGCUCUCAUGACAUAUUUUAUCACUGCAACAUGGUGUCUGGUGAUGUUCCCAGGAGAAUUUCAAAUGGGCUAGUCGAAAUGACCUGGUACCUCCCUUGUGGGGAGAGGAAGGUGGACAAAUUCACUGAACCUCUGGCUGUUGCCAACCUUAGAGGAGACAUCAAGGCCUUUGACAAGCAAUUCUCAUUCCUGUGUCAGACGUCUGCAGCUGUGUACAUCUUCUGCGAUGAAUCAGAAAUGGAUUUCUUCAAGAAUCUGCAAAACAAACAAGUGACAGCAGAGGUCUUUUUGAUUAGCAGAACACAGGGCAAACACUUCACACUGAAAAAGGUGACGAUGGAACCAAGCUUGAAGAUAGCUAAUGUCAGUCAGACAAAAAAGACUGAUACUGAGUUGCUAAAGGCCCUGAAGGAAUCCAUCUCUAAGUUGCUGGAGGGCAGCCCAAACAAAAUGUCAGUGGAAAAUCUGGCUGAGGGAGCUUACCAGUGUGAUAUCCUGACUGAUGAGGAGAGUGAGAACUGCCAGAGUGCUUGUAACAAUGCGGACAAAAUCACUGAACGUGUCAAAAACACCUCAGAGUUCAAAGACAAACACUUACCUUCCCAAGGGCACAUCUGGAAAGCAAUCUCAUGGGUGGAAACCGAGCACUGGAGGCUGCGUAAGCUUAGCAAAGAGAACACUGAAGAUUACCGCAAGUCUUUGAAAACAAAAGAAAAACAACUCAGACAAAAACAGCAAAUCUUCGAAAUACCAGCUGUGACGGUAAGCUUCAUUCAUGGGAUGGUUACCUCAGAGGUGCAGCGCUACUGUUUCCUCAAAUGGUUGGAAAUAAAACUGGACAAUGUGUGUCGACACCAGCUGUCAGCUCUACAGGACCAAUACAAAGAGCUGAGCCAGAAAUCUCCUAAAGACACUGACAAAAUUGCAGAGAUUGACAAGCAAAUUUCUGUUUGUUCCUUACGAAUGGAGCACUUCUUUCGAGAGUGUGGGCAGCUGUAUGAAUGUGCAAGUUACCUGCCAGAAUACACGCGUCAGAGAAAAACCACGGAACAACUCCCCACACUGUGCGCUCAGAUGCUGCUGGAUGGUUUCCCUCUGGAGCUUGUUGACGGAGACGCAGCAAACAUCCCAAUGAAAUGGACUGCUAGUGUGCUGACUGAACUCCACCACAUCUUGCAUUCCAAAACCAAGCUCAAGGUCAUAACAGUCAUCGGAGCUGAAAACUCGGGGAAAUCGACUCUGCUCAACACCAUGUUUGGGCUCAGGUUUGCUGUCAGCAAGGGGACGUGCACCAGAGGGGCGUUCAUGCAACUGAUCACCAUCAACAGCAAAGUCAGGAAGGAGCUGGGCUGUGACUGCAUCCUGAUCAUCGACACCGAGGGACUGAAGCCGCAUCCGAUGGUUCAAGACGAUCACAGCCACGAACGCGACAAGGAAGUGGCGAGUCUUGCUGUAGCGCUCAGUGAUAUUGCAAUCGUGAGUGUUUCCAACUCUAGAGAGGAAGACAUCUUGGAGUUGGUACUUCAUGCUUUCACAAGGCUGAAGGAUGUGGGCAAAAAACCACUGUGCCAUUUUGUACAUAUUAACAUGCCUGACAUGUCUGCUGCAGAGAGGAAGAAGAGAGAUAAAGAGUUGGUGGAACAACUCGAAGAAAUGAUCCAGAAUGAUGAUGAAAUGGAGAAGGCCAACAUCGCCGAGCUCUCAGAUGUGAUGCAGUUCAACAUAAACAGUUGCAACUGGUACAUUCCUCCAAUUUGGUGUGGGGUGCCGCCGAUGGCUCCUGUCAGAGUUGGCUACAGUGAGAAGGCACUGGAAUUGAAAAAACAACUGAUAAAGGACCUCAAAAAGUGCCCAAAAAGAGGGGAUUUGAUGGAUUUUAUCAAGUGGCUGGACCGCUUCUGGAAGGCUCUAUGAGAAAUGGACGAAAAU